UACAUACAAUAAAAAGAAACUAUAAAACGGAGGAAUUCGUUAAUUUAGCGGGCCUCCUGAACUCAAACUAAGUUUCGUUCAAUAUUUACUUCGAUUCUACUCUCUUGUGUUCAACGCUAAUAAUAUCGAUCAAUAUCAACAUUGGAGGUGCACUUCCUCUAUAUAGCAGGAAAGUUGGUUGAAGAAACUUAGAUCAAUAUGAGAGGAGCAUCCAGAAAGGAUUUUAUUGUGUUGAUAUUGCCUGGUUUUAGAUGCAAUUGAUUUCAGCUAUCUUUUCAACAAGACCAAUAUGUGCAAGCUACUUGUCAUAUUUUGCCAAUCACAUCUGAUUCAAUAAAAAUAUCUUGGCAAAAUUUUUCAAUUCCUCUUUUCUAGGAAUACGUCCGGCAUUUUUGAAGGGCUUUAAUUCAACACAAACUUUUUAAUGAUGUGCAGCUGAUUAUACUACUUAUAUGCUAUUCAUUUCCUUGAAGUUUGAAGUGAACACGUUCUAGUUGUAAAGCAUUCAAAGUGUCAAGAAGAUGACAGUUGAUGAUGAAAACUCAGUAUAUGUUGGGGGUCUUCCAUAUGAUUCUACUGAAGAUUCUGUUCGGAGGGCCUUCGAGAUAUAUGGCACAGUCAUUGCUGUAAAGAUAUUUAUAUAUUCCAGAUAUGCUUCAUCAUACAUCUUAUCCAAGAUAUUCGGGCAUCUACACAUGAAUUUGACAUGAAUAGACCUCUGCCACAUGAAUUAUUCAUUAUCAUCAGGAACAUGUUUACUUCGAUAUUGCUUUUUAGUGCGGCAACAUAUCGCUUAUCUUGAUUGAUCGGUGGCACUUCUGGGCCUCUUGGAUAUAUAUUAUUCUAUUACUGUUGCAAUUGUUCGUAAUUUGGACUCUUCUUUCAACUUUGCAAUGCGGUUGUGUUACUGUCGGAGAAAGUUUGAUCAGAUCUUAGGUUGGUCAGGUCUGUUGGUGGCCCCUCAUGCUUGGACUAAUCUCAAAGUUAUUAUACUCUGCAUCACGAGAAAUUAUGAAGGUUUCACUAUUUCAAGGAAUCUUGGGCUGCAGACCAAGUUUUCCAACGUUUAUUGUUUAUGAUCAUUAUUGUCUAGCUUGUGUUAAACAAUGUGGCGACAGAGCUUGAUGAUUGUGAAUGACCGCGAUUUUGGGGGUAAAUGCUAUGGGUUUGUCACUUUUACUAAUCCCAGAGCAGCAGUCAAUGCAAUCAAAGAUAUGGAUGGAAGGGUGAUUGGUGGGAGGAUUGUGAGAGUGAAUGAAGUGAAGAGUAAGUCAUCGAGGACAUCCUUCACUCGAGAUAACCAUUUUAGGGACCUCGACAGAGAUAGAGACAGCAGAGAAAGAGAGAGGAACAAAGAUGGGGACAGAGAGAGAUACAGAGAUAGAGCCAGAGAUACGGAUAGGGAUCGGGAUUGGGAUGAGGAUUGGGAUCAAGAUCGAGAUAGAGACCUGAGAUUGAGAAAUCGAACAGGAGCUUCUCGGUACAUAUCUUCACCAAUUAAACGAAAAUUAUCUCCUACAAAUAUUAACUCCACAAGGAAACGCAUUCUACAUGAGAGGGAUAGUUCACCGAGAGGAAGAAGUCUCUCUGGUGGAAGUACUUCAGACAAAAAGCAGGAUGUGUCUCUGUCUCCUUCGCCUAAGAGAGCUGAACGCAGUAUGCGGGCUGCUGAAAAUUCCAACAGGCAAAGGGUGAGUACAUGGAAAGAAAAGGAAUCGGAGAAGGUUAAAGAAGAACUGGAGAAAGCCAUUAAAAAACAUGAUGAUCUAAAACAUGAGAUUGCCAGAAUGGAGGAGGAAUCUGACAAGAAAUCGCUUCUCAUAUCUGAGAUGCAUAAGAAAUCACAGAAACUGGAGGAAUCCAUUGCUCUUGUCAGGAAAGCAACUCUGCAACGUGAAACACAGUUUAGGAAGAUGCAAAGUUGCUUCUUGCAGAUUAAAGACUAUACAGAAAAACUCAAAAGCAGUGAAGAAGAAUUACAGUCCCUUGUUGAUGCAUCAAUUCUUGAUAUGAGUGGCUUAGAAGACAGAUGCAAUGAGGAUUAGUAAUCUAUGCAUGCCAGUGUGACCUGAUCUUUAGAGAGGAGGACUUGGAUUACAGAGCCUAAGAUAUUUUUGCAGGGUUGAAUUGUAUUUAUUCUCUUGGUGUACAUUUUUAUUUGUAAGUGAUAGAAAGUAGAUGCUGCUGUUACUUUUACCAUUAAAAGGGUGAGCAAUCUGUAAGGCACAUAUAAAAAUUCGUGGAAUGAAAUGAAAGAUUUUAAUAAUGUCCAUGAGGCCAAAGCAGCCUAUGGGAUCCACUAACAACACACACAACACACCCUACAGCCUCCUUUCUAGAUCUGCUCUUCUACAGUGAAUUUUGAUCAAUUAGUUUGCUGUUUUGUCUAGUUCUGUUUCUUCAAACAAAGUGUUUAGAUUGUCUGUUUUCAAAAUGUCCUCAUAGUUGGCACGGAUGUCAUAGUAUGCUAAGCAUUCCAUGACAAAAUGUCGUUCUGUCUGUAUUGCUUCCAUGUUGUAAAACAGGCGUAUUCUAUUUUCCCACUCUCCUUUAGGUAUCAUCCAUUUACCUGUUUCAUGCCUGAGGUGAUGGGAGCUAGUUCUUAA